CCUCCUCCUAGCUCUUCUUCCGUCAAUGGCGCCCCACGACCUUGGAGAUUCAGAUUCCACCGAAACCCCAAAGAAACGCUUUAAAACCGAAGACCCAACCCUAGAAAAUUCUUCCCCGAAAACCCCUUUGAGUUUCAAUGGAAUAAACAAGCUCCAACCUUGUGGAAUUUGCUUCUCUGAGGCUGCCCAAGAUGAUCGGAAUAGCGUUAGCAGGGGAUGUAUUGAUAGCUGUGACCAUUACUUUUGCUUCGUUUGCAUUAUGGAGUGGGCUAAAGUUGAGUCCAAAUGCCCUUUAUGUAAACGCCGCUUUUCCACCAUUCUCCGCCCAGCAAAGCCUCCUGUAUUCCCCUCCGACCGGCUGAUUCAUAUCCCAGAACGGAAUCAGGUUUAUUAUGAAUCUGGGAAUGCAACAAUAGGGCCCGACGACCCCUAUUCUGAAUCUAAAUGUAGCAUUUGCCAGAGCUGCGUUGAUGAUACCCUUCUUUUGUUGUGUGAUCUUUGUGACUCUGCUGCUCAUACGUAUUGUGUUGGUCUUGGUAUAACUAUUCCUGAGGGUGAUUGGUUUUGCCGUGAUUGUGCACUUGUGAGGGAUGAACAUAACAAGGUGGAGGGAGAUGUUGUUUCUCAUGGUGAGAAAAACUGUAACGACUUAAAUGAAAGUCAAGUAAAGGGAGAAGAAGUGUCUGUGUUUGAUAUUGUUAGAGAACCUAGGAAUGGAGUGGCUGGGAGAUCUUCCACAACGGGGUUAAUUAGUGUACCUAGAGAUAAUGAUGUGUCCACGCCUGAUUCAAGGACGGAUGAGCUCAUCCUGAAUGGUGCAAGUGCAACUAAUCCGGCAGCCAGAACAUUACGACAGUGCCGCGAUGUUCAUGACCGAAUAAAAUUAUUACGUGAUAAUUGGAACGGUAUUCGAAGUGGAUCCUUGCCUUUUUUACCUAGACAAAGAGAUAGCAGACACACUGCUGAUAUUUAUUUAGAUUCUGGCCAAUCAAGUUCAAGUCAGAAUAGGGAAACUGUCAAUGGCCUUCCAGUACGGCCUGAAAGUACUGGUUCAUCAGGUUCAACAUCUUUCUCAGUUCAGAAAGUGAAAACAACCAAUGUUAGUCCAGAGAAGCCUGCAAUUGAUAUCAGUUCAAGUCAAUCAAGUUCGACCGCAGCAAAAGUCACUGUUAGCUGUCCUGGUACAACAAACGAAAGAGAUUAUGAGAUAUCCAGAGCUUGGAAAAUGUUGAACAAAGCUAAGUCAAUAGAACAAAGAGAAAGAAUUUUGCAUCCGAAAAGUUCUAGCUUGAAGCGUCCCUUAUCCAAUCGCCAUCUUGAGCGCUCUGAUAAGCUUCCUGCAGUUAGGAAAGAUCGUGAUUCUGAUAGGAAAAUCCACAAUAUACAGAAAUACCAGAUGCCCGAAAAGCAGAAUCUAUGUAACCCAAGGAGUAGAAGUAAUAGCAUCGAUUAUAUAAUUUCUCCGUCGCCAAUAGAACGCUUGUCAACAUCUUCGCACAUUGUAUGCUGCUCAUUUCAACGUGAUGUUCAAAAUGGGAGUGAUCAAAUCUUACGCGAGAAAUUUUUCGAAUCACCUCAUGCUGCUUUUAAUCACUGUGGAAGCUCUAUCCGUGUGAGUUCAUCAGGUGACUCUGCAACAGCAGCUUCAGAUUUACAUUCUGCUGGACAUGAGCUGUCUUCCCUAUUGUCUUGCAAAAAAGAUCCUUCAAUGGCCAAAGAUGCAGAGGAUAAAAUUCCUGUUCACCGUAAUGCCAUGAAAAACGAUGAUUCCAAGAUUGAAAUUAAGUCUCUUGUCAAGCUCAACUUGAAGAUCCUUGCAAAAAGUAGAAAACUUGAAAUUGCUGUAUACAAGCAGAUCGCAUGGUCAGCCACUCAUUCCAUCUUAGUUGCUUGUGGUUUGGAGUACCCAAAAACUGGAAUCCGUCAAUUCUCCAGUUCUAUAUGCUGUCACAAAGAGUCUGAUCUGCAAUUCCAAAGAUCAACUCUAAUGCCUAGUUCUUGCCGGGAAUGUUUUUAUGUGUUUGUAAAGGAUGUGGUCAACACCAUCAUGUUGGAGAAAAUAGCAAACAGGGAUGUGUUGUGACCCGAAUUCUAUUCUUUGGCACUGUAAUUAUGUAACUUUUAGCCGAAUAGAUGAAAUUCUUGAUAGGUUCUCUUUUCCAUGGAGUUCCUAGGCUUAUUCAUUGAUUGUAGUCUUAACCAGUAUUUAGAUGCAACAGUACUGGUGUUCGUAACUCGUCUUAUUGCCAUGAAUUUUUAAUUGCUCAAGUUAAUGUUGGGACUUUGGG